UUGAAAAAUCGACUGGAAAAUGCCUGGGUGUUUUUCAAGAUUGAUGGAGAGAGUGCGAGGACGUGGGCAGCCUUCUGCGUCGACAGGUUGUUUAAAUUCAUUUGUGGGUUGUUUUUGUUGUCUUUUUCCGUUUUGCAGGGUUCGCGAUUGUCGGGAGGUGGACAGCGACAGCGACUUCGAAGAGGAAUCAAAUGUACUGGAUGAGGUCCAGUUGGAUGUGCCACUGCUGCCAGUCAUCCUUGAUGUCCAGGAUGCUGCUAUCAUCCUUGAGGAUGUGCCAGAUGUACCGACUAUCCUUGAGGAGGCCACUGGUAAUUGGCAGUUGAUACCGAUUAGGUUCAGCCCCCUGUACUGUGGGCCUGUUGUGAUCAGAAACCAUGCCGGUCCGGUGGCUAAAGCUUGGAGAACUUUCCAGUUCAUCAGCCCCAUUAUCACCUAUAUGCGUGGGGGAUCCCAGCAGGUGGUGGUGAGGAUGCACCAUGUGAGUAGGGUUCGAGGCCUGGAGACUCAACUGGUGUGGGCCAUCUCCAGGGAGACAGCCAGACUUAGUUCAGAGGGCAUCCCCUACUGUGCCACCAAGGUUCAGUCCGUCACUUGGAUUCUGUAUGUGGCUGGCAGGGUGACCCAGUAUGCUUCUCACCUCCGCCAUGAGACGUCUGUGGACGUGACCCUUGGCUGCUACCAGCAGACUGAUGUCUCGGUGGUGUAUGCCACUCUCCACAUGGGGCCGGAUGGGCUGCUCUCCUCCUCGGUGUGGUCGGAGGCUGCCUCCGUGUCUACGCCCACCAAUCAGCAGUUCACUGAGCCAGAGCCUGAAUGCCACAACUGCUAUGAGGGCUGGGAGGAGGACCUGCUGCCUGAGGAGAGGGAGGUUCCUCUGCUAAACCUCUACCUUACCACCAAGAGAGUGGAGGACAUCGCCUUGAGGCUCGUCUCCCUGCGCCAGGCCUUCACUACCCUGCUUGGUUCCACCCUGAGCAGGAACCAUCUGUUUGUGGCAGGAAAGGUCCUAUUGGGCGCACUGGUUCAAGCCCACCACAUGGACGAGGCCGAAUUCAUCCGUGCCUAUAACGACUUUGUGGACUACCUGAGUGACCCCUCCAAGCAGAUUGACAUUGAGAGGGAGCUGGCUGAGGCAAAGAUCCAUCAUGUUAACCUGAUAGAUGUCCUUUUUGAACUGGUGCUAUUUGGGCUGAUGACAGCUCAGAAGUCCCUGAUGGUGCACCCUGGUGGGUUCAUGGAGCGUCUGUACGCUCUCCUGUACUCCUUCCUGCCCGUAGCUGCCAGCAUUGAGCCAAAGGCCGAGAGAUACCUGCUGCUGCUCAAUGAUUCUUGCGACACUUUGCCACCACACAGGGGUCUAGACACAAAUGCACUACAUUACUUUGCACUGAAUUUUACAUUUUUAAAUAAAAUAACUAGUAGUUCAAAAAAGAGUCUAGAGAUGGGACUGAGCUUGGUGGGAACCUCACCCGGCUUCAAAAGGGUUCGCGAUUGUCGGGAGGUGGACAGCGACUUCGAAGAGGAAUCAAAUGUACUGGAUGAGGUCCAGUUGGAUGUGCCACUGCUGCCAGUCAUCCUUGAUGUCCAGGAUGCUGCUAUCAUCCUUGAGGAUGUGCCAGAUGUACCGACUAUCCUUGAGGAGGCCACUGGUAAUUGGCAGUUGAUACCGAUUAGGUUCAGCCCCCUGUACUGUGGGCCUGUUGUGAUCAGAAACCAUGCCGGUCCGGUGGCUAAAGCUUGGAGAACUUUCCAGUUCAUCAGCCCCAUUAUCACCUAUAUGCGUGGGGGAUCCCAGCAGGUGGUGGUGAGGAUGCACCAUGUGAGUAGGGUUCGAGGCCUGGAGACUCAACUGGUGUGGGCCAUCUCCAGGGAGACAGCCAGACUUAGUUCAGAGGGCAUCCCCUACUGUGCCACCAAGGUUCAGUCCGUCACUUGGAUUCUGUAUGUGGCUGGCAGGGUGACCCAGUAUGCUUCUCACCUCCGCCAUGAGACGUCUGUGGACGUGACCCUUGGCUGCUACCAGCAGACUGAUGUCUCGGUGGUGUAUGCCACUCUCCACAUGGGGCCGGAUGGGCUGCUCUCCUCCUCGGUGUGGUCGGAGGCUGCCUCCGUGUCUACGCCCACCAAUCAGCAGUUCACUGAGCCAGAGCCUGAAUGCCACAACUGCUAUGAGGGCUGGGAGGAGGACCUGCUGCCUGAGGAGAGGGAGGUUCCUCUGCUAAACCUCUACCUUACCACCAAGAGAGUGGAGGACAUCGCCUUGAGGCUCGUCUCCCUGCGCCAGGCCUUCACUACCCUGCUUGGUUCCACCCUGAGCAGGAACCAUCUGUUUGUGGCAGGAAAGGUCCUAAUGGGCGCACUGGUUCAAGCCCACCACAUGGACGAGGCCGAAUUCAUCCGUGCCUAUAACGACUUUGUGGACUACCUGAGUGACCCCUCCAAGCAGAUUGACAUUGAGAGGGAGCUGGCUGAGGCAAAGAUCCAUCAUGUUAACCUGAUAGAUGUCCUUUUUGAACUGGUGCUAUUUGGGCUGAUGACAGCUCAGAAGUCCCUGAUGGUGCACCCUGGUGGGUUCAUGGAGCGUCUGUACGCUCUCCUGUACUCCUUCCUGCCCGUAGCUGCCAGCAUUGAGCCAAAGGCCGAGAGAUGCCUGCUGCUGCUCAAUGUAAGAUUCAAGAGUUUACUUCCCUAUUCCUAGUUUACUUCCUCUUUACUUUUUCAUGAAUAACAGGGUUUCAAUGCCAUUUUACAAGGAGUAACUCUCAUUGUCUCUCUGCUCUUGAUAAGCUAGUAACUCAGAGCCAUUAUCUAUGUGUUGUGUGGUGUUCUCUUCAGGGCGGGCUGAUGGCUCUGCUUGAUGACAUGUUUGGGCAGCAGCUGGCCUGGUACUUUAACCCAGUGUCUCUGGUCACUGAGCUCUCCAACCUCCUGGAGUACCACCUGGAGAACCUCAUGGCCAGCAUGUAGUCCUACUGCAGAGAUCUGAAAGGCCCAUAUUCACUCCAAUGAUUCCCACAGUGGUGGACCAUUCUUUAUACACAUACUACCUUACACCGU